GGUUACAUCGCAGGAAAGGAAAAACAAGAAGAGGAGACCGAUCCCUGGGAAUUACCGGAACUCCAAGACACGUCGAAGCCUUACAGAGAGAUGAAUGGCAGUGAAAAGUUCAGAUUCGUGUUUUGGGUCAUACUUCGAAUACUCCUCUUCGUUGGUUUCCUUUACCUUUUCAUUUGUUCACUGGAUUUCCUCAGUUCAGCAUUCCGGCUCCUGGGAGGUAAGGCAGCUGGCGAGGUGUUCCGGAACAUCAAGAUUCUGCGGAACCCCGUGACUGGCUUGAUGAUUGGUGUUUUAGCUACGGUCUUGGUACAGAGUUCUUCUACCAGCACUUCCAUUGUCGUAGCCAUGGUGGGGUCUGGACUCCUGGACGUCAAGACAGGCAUCCCUAUUGUAAUGGGAGCUAAUAUCGGUACUUCAGUUACCAACACCAUAGUAGCAAUCGGUCAGAUCACAAAUAGAAAUGACUUCCGGCGGGCGUUUGCUGGGGCCACUGUCCACGAUAUGUUUAACUGGACCAGCGUGAUUAUACUCCUUCCGUUAGAGAUCAUAUCAGGAUAUCUGUUCCGUCUCACCGGCGCCAUUUUAGAUAGUCUUCCUUUGGACAAAUACCAGGAAGGCGAAAAAGAUUUACUCAAGGCCAUCACAAAACCUUUUACACAAAAAAUAAUUGAGGUCGACAGCAAGGCUAUAGAAAGAAUCGCCCACAACGAAGACGUGGACACGCUGCUUAAACUGUGCUGCAAAUCAGAGACACCGGAAGCCCUUAAUGUCACUUUCAGCAACGUCACUUUGGCCCUGGAGGAACAGGGCAAAGUCUGUGUGGAAUCAUGUCAAUUCCUUUUCAAAGACGUUGGUUUGGGAGAUACAGAAAUAGGGGCCAUACUACUAGUAAUCGCACUUUUUCUUCUGUGUACCUGUCUAUUCGCCAUCGUUAAACUGUUGAACUCUCUCUUAGAAGGAAACAUCAGGAAGAUGAUCAAGAAAAUAAUGAAUGCUGAAUUCCCAGGAAAAUGUGCCUACUUCACGGGGUAUAUAGCUAUGGUUGUGGGUUGUGGAAUGACCAUCGUUGUACAAUCUAGUUCUGUGUUCACUUCGGCUUUGACACCACUGGUCGGUGUUGGUGUGAUAAGUAUCGAGAGAAUGUACCCUUUGACCCUGGGAUCAAACAUCGGUACCACUACGACAGGUAUCCUUGCUGCUCUGGCGCAAGAUGCUGACAAAAUCAGAGAACCUUUACAGCUGGCUUUCUGUCAUCUGUUCUUCAACAUUUCGGGAAUUGUUCUUUUUUAUCCGUUUCGAUUCAUGAGGUUUCCUAUCAGGCUGGCAAAAUUUCUCGGAAACGAGACAGCGAAAUACCGAUGGUUUGCAGUUAUAUAUCUUGUGUUCAUGUUUUUUCUACUACCGCUGUUGGUGUUCGGACUGUCCUUGGCUGGCUGGAAGGUCAUGGCCGGCGUUCUCGUCCCUUUUGCUGGCAUUAUCAUCCUUAUUUGCACGAUCAAAGUCAUUCAAAGAAAGAAGCCGACUUGUCUCCCAAAAGUCCUUCGUGACUGGAAGUUCCUCCCGCUGGUGUUCCGCUCCCUUGAGCCCAUUGACAGGGUAAUACAACUGUGUAUCUGUAGGUCCUGCUGUGUACAACCUAUCGAUGACGAGCCCCAAGAACAGGUUUAGAAACGACAAGAAUAUAAAUGUCAUAAACAUUUUCAUUUGUAUUUUAAUAACCCAUUACGGAAGAAAACACAGAGACACUAGAACGCGCGUGUUGACGUUUGAUAUUGAAAAGGAAUAUAUUUUUAAAAUUCGUAAAACUAUAGGGUUUGUUAUGGCAUGUAUGGUUAUAUUUCCAUCACGGAAGUCAUAAAACAAA